UCUUCUGAUUCCAGAGGUUAUUUCCCUGCAGGUUUCCCCCGAUGCCUCCCAGCUGACCUCCUCCGCAGUUCUGGAGCCGCUGGAGGACUGGGCUGGAAGUACGGCUGAGGACAAACCACAGUGAGUAAACAAUUACGGGUGUGAUAGCGGGAGUUCCGCUUCCCCGCGGCUUUAAGAGGCAGCAGAGCUGUGUGAGGGCAGAGGGGAGGAGAGCAUUGGAGCAGUGAUGGGGGACGUCUACAUCCGGCACAUCGAACUGCUGGGCUACGAGAAAAGGUUUUUCCCCAGCCAGCACUAUGUCUACAUGUUCCUGGUGAAGUGGAAUGACCUCUCUGAAAAGGUCGUCUACCGCCGCUUCACUGAGAUAUACGAGUUCCACAAAGCGCUGAAGGAGAUGUUCCCCAUUGAAUCCGGGGACAUCAACAUAGAGAACCGGAUCAUCCCGCACUUGCCAGCCCCAAAGUGGUUUGAUGGGCAGCGCUCAACUGAGAACAGGCAGGGCACACUGGCUGAGUACUGCUACGCACUGGUCAACCUACCCCACAAGAUCUCCCGGUGCCUGCACGUGGUCAGCUUCUUCAAGGUCCGGCAUGAUGACAUGAACCCUGUCACAGACAGCCAGAUCAAGAAGCCUGAGGUCUUCCUCCUGCCAAAGGAUUCCAAGAAAAACCUCGCUGACAUCACGGGCCCCAUUGUCCUGCAAACGUACCGAGCCAUCGCGGACUAUGAGAAGAGCUCCACAUCUGAGAUGGCUCUCAAAGCUGGGGACAUGGUGGAUGUCGUGGAGAAGAGUGAGAACGGCUGGUGGUUUUGUCAAAUGAAGAAUAAACGAGGCUGGGUACCUGCUGCCUAUCUGGAGCCAAUGGAUGGUCCUGAUGAGUCUGAAGAGCAGGACCCUAACUAUGCAGGUGAAGCGUACACGGUCCAGAAAAGCUACACUGCUGUGGAAGAGGAUGAGCUGACCCUCAAGGAGGGUGAUACCAUUGAAGUCAUCCACAAGCUCCUUGAUGGCUGGUGGGUCAUCAGGAAGGAUGAAACCACAGGUUAUUACCCUGCCAUGUACCUGCAGAAAGCUGGGGAGGUGAACACCUCUGUCAAGAGUGAGCUGAGGAACCGGGGUGCUCCUCCACGGAGAUCCACCAUCCGAAAUGUGAAGAGCAUCCACAGGCAGGGCCGGAAGCAAAUCAGCCAGGAGACCUAUAGGAGGAACAGCAAGAAGUACAUCCAGAACCACAGGAAGAUGCAGGGAAAUUCCCAGAACAAGGCCAAUGUCAUCAUUGAGAAAAAGGAGCCAGAGGACAACAAGCCCAAAGCUCAACCUGCUGUUCCUCCCCGUCCCAGCAAAGACCUCAUCCUGAACCGCUGCACUGAAAGCACGCGAAGUAAGAUCCUGUGAGGAUCCUGUGAGCCCACAGCGGCCACCAAAGCUUCAUCUCCUCCAGCUCCUGUGCAGGCAGGCUCGGAGCCGGAGCAGGGACCCAGGUGGCUCUGGCAGCCGCCCCAGGCCCGGAGGGUGCUGGCCAUGUCGGCCCAGCACAGCGCCCACCCUCAUCCUCCCCAUCACAGCCACGCUGUCCUGCUCGCACUCUGAGGAGCCACCAGCCCUGCCCUCCCAGCUCCUUACAAACACCAAAAGCCCUCAUCUCUAGAUGCCCUCCUAUUACAUCUUUGUAUUUUGGAUUAUUUUUGUGGUUUUCAUCAAUAAAGGAGAGACAUUCGAUAGA